UUCUUUUGGUUAAAAAUUUCAAAUUUUGAUCGACAAAACGAUUGACUACAAAAAGACUAAGUCUAAGCAUUGUUGUUUUGGCAAUGCCGUAUUUGAUCCAUUCCUAUUUUAAAGAAUAACUGAAUUGAAGUUUGUAGAUUAUUCUUUACAACAUCUUACAUUUACAUAGUCUUAUUUUUAAAAUAAAUCUAUUUCUACACUCAUUGAACUCAUUAUUGAGCUUGGAGCAACUUUGUUUUUUAAGUCCUGAGUUGAGUUGAGACAUGUUAUGAUUAGUAAUGAUUAAUGAAAAUUACUAUGAAAGUGAUGGUAAUCUGUUUCAAAGUGCUACUUUGAUUUUGAUUGACUCUACUUGAAUCCUGAAUAUUAAUUUUUUUUCGUAUAUUGAAUUAGAAAUGAAAUGAUUAUGAUUAUUAUGAAAUAGUAGAAGUGAAAGUAAAGAAAUGUAACGAUUUAUUAUUAAUUAUGAUUAAAAAUGAUUUAUUUAAGUAACUUAACUUAGUUAGAAUAAAUUAUUAAAUGAAAUGCUAUUCCGAUUUCAUUUGUGGUAGUUUAUUUUAGUUAAACUAAAGAAGUAAGUUUACAAACAUAAUAUAGCCCAUUCAAUCUAAUUCAAUUAUCUUUCAUUUGAUACCAAAGUUUGUCUUACAUCCCAGAAAUAAUAUUUUAAAUAUUUUUAAAAUCCCAACCUCUCACUUCUGAUACCCAGGUCCGAAUAGCCACUUUGAUAAAUUAUAGUUAGGCCUACUUAUAACUUGUAGUAAUAAGGUAGGCCUAAUUCCUAAUGUUAAUGUUAUAAAUUAGUUGUACUCAGCAUCAUAUUAUUAUUAUUUUUAUUAUAUUAAUUAGUGUUGUGUUAGCCCUGAAAAUAGUAAUAAUCUGCUAAUAAUUAUAAUAAUUUUUGGGCCUAAUUAUUACUAAUAUUAUUAGCUUAAACUUGGCUAUUCACCGUGGCCAAGGCCGAAUCUAAUUUGACCACCUUCUUCUACUAGUCUACACUCAUCAUCCGUAUCAGUGAAACAGCAAUGAGUGAUUUCAACUAGAGCUGGUGUUGUCAAUCCAAUUCAGGCAACUGGUUCACAGUAAUAAAAGACCAUUUUGAUCACAAGUCAACAUAUUGUAAGACCGCAUUUCAUCACAAAAAUUAAACCAAGGCUUUUACCUAAAAUAAAGAUAAAAUAAAUUAUGUAAACCUACAAAGUUACUUAUUUAUUCUAAUGCAUAUCAUUUUCAUAGGAUGACACAUCUGCAAGUGCAGCACACACAGUAUUUUAAGAAAAUAAUUUGAAAAUUAAUCAAAUCAUAAUAUGAGUUUUAUUAUAACAAGAUUAAAAAGAAGCACUAAGCGAAUAAAGAAAGAAGUUCAUUUGCAUUUCAUUUGGCAUCUCAUAGGAGGCAACAUUCAACAUAUCAGGCACAUAGCAGUCCCUUGGUUGGCCAUCCCUGAUGUAGAAGAUAAAAUAAUGUUCAAAUUAAGGAUGAUCUGUUAUUAAUUUAGGCCCACUCAAUUGGCUACUACUUUAAAGGAAUCAAAAUUGGAUAAUAGCCCAGGGGGCUAGGCUGUUUACAAUUAAGACUUGGCUGUAGCUAAACUAUAGGCAUAGGCAGUACUACUACUGACUACCAGUUUUUGUACUAACUACUAAAUUAAUUGGCUCUAACUUUAGGCCAGUACUCUUUCUAGUUCAGUCUAAGACUUGAUGGGCUAGUAAGCCUCGGCACAAUACCUACGACUCCAAUUUAAUUUAAUUGAUAAUACAUACAAAUGUUGAAUCCUAAAUAAAAAAUAUUUCCCUUUACUACAGAAAACAAGCUAUGGAAACUACAAACUGCAUAAAAGAGGUCCUGAGAGCUGCAGAACACUACAACAAUAACAGUAGUCAGUUAGCUUAUCUGCUGAGGCAGCUAGAGGUGGUUAAAUAAAUUUCAAUUUUAUUUUCAAUCCAUCCUAAAAUAUAUGUAUUUUCCUUUUUUUUUAUCUCUCCCAUCGAAGAUUACAUGAGCUAUGAGCAUGCCAUAAGUUAAAUAAAUUCUUUUGAAGACAUUUAACUCUGCUAUGACACAUUCUUUUACAUGUCUGCAAUAGUUUUUGCACAUAAAUAUAUAUAUAUAUAUAUUUUGCUAAUUUUUAUGUGAAGCUUGGUGAGCCUGAUAACUGCGUUAAAUGAGAUUCUUUUUUUUUUUAAAUAUUGCAUUUUGUGCGUAACAUUUUCUUUAGUUUUUCUGAAAUAGUUGGUGAAUUAAAUCUGCGUGUAAAAGCGGGUGGGUCAUUAGAAUAUUAAUAUAGUCCAGGGGCAUGAAUUUGCAGGGUAUUACAUUUAUAAAGGAUUUAUACGAAAAACUUUGAUUUUAGGGGUUGUUUCAUUCAUAAAUCAAAGUUCAUAAUUUUAAAUCUGUUAAGAUUUCUAGAUGCAGUCAAUCAACAAAUGAGUUUCUAGUUGCCAUUCUAAAGGUUUUAACUAUUUUUGCAACAUAUGUGCAACCAUUUAAAUGUUUAUUUUAUAACAAAUUUGUUUCAGGCCCUGCAAAACAUUUCUUCCAGAUCAAGCUAUAUUCGUCAACUGCACUCACUUGAUGAAAUAGAACUUGUUUCAUGCCUAACAUUUCUAGUGGAUGUUGUUAGAGAAGUCCAUAGGCAGAGGGAGUUGAUGCAGCGUGUGAUAAAAAUUUUGCUUAACCUCUGUAUGAGAUGUUUAUUUUAUAUUAUAUUUUUAUUUUAAUCAGCUCUAAAAACAAACUCUGAUAUUAAAUUAUUUACUUACGUGGCACAUAAAAUGCAAAAUAAAAUUUAUAAUUUAAUUCAUAAAUGAAUGCCCUUUUUUAAUUUACUCUAUACCCGGUAAUAUAGAAAAUUAUUUUUUUAUCACUGAGAUCUAAAUUGAUGGAUUUCUUUCUAUUUUUUAAAGUCAAAACAUAACAUAUGAAGUUACCAACAAAUUAGGAAGGGAAAAAAAGGUGUAUUAAGUUUCUGUAUAUCUUUAUAUGCAAUUUCAGCCCAUGAUGAAUACGUAAGGAAAUUGUUGUUUGAGACUUUCAACCUGUCUUCCUACUUGGCAGCAGUUGUUGUGACUUAUUAUAGAUUUCCUGAAGAAGAGCAGACAAUGUCAGAUGUAAGGGGACUGCUAAUAAUGCUGUUGCUUUGCUAAAUAUAGCCUUAACAUUGCAUUAUAAUUUUCAUUAAAUAGCAAAUAGUUUGUAAGAUUGGACUAUAUUAUAUUCAGGGCUCGAGUCCUGCAGAACUGCAUUGGAAUGGCAUUCCUGUACUUCCUUUUGUUGUUAGGAAAUAUAUGUUUGCAUUGAGGGGGGGGUUAGGGGGUGGUGAAAAGAAUCUUGGGUUAGUGCCUAUAAUUUUUACUUUCAAGUCAUAAGUUUGAGAAACACUUUGAAAGAAGAAUAAAUUUAUGCAUUAGACUUACUGCUCAUUUCAAUGUUUACAAAUUGUUUAAAAAUAUCCAUCUCAUAAGCAGCUGACAGCUGAUGAGGACUUCAGUGAUCAUUUACUUGUUGACACUUGCUGGUGUUCUUAUCUUUGAACAAACAUCUGUUUCUUUCCCCAUUCAAACAAUAUAGGCUCUGCAACUUUUACAGAGGAUUUCCUAUGGCCAUCGUGUUGACUACCAUAUGGCAAAUAUGGAGGAUUUACUCAAAAUACUUAUUACAAAUGUGUAAGCUCAAAUUGUUUUUAUUUUAAAUGAGAUAUGGUUACUUGAAAUAUCCCAUAUAGCUUUUUUUUAAUAGUUUGGUUAUUUGAUUUGUUAUUAAAUAAACAUGUCUUAGAAUAAUAUUGGUCUAUUCAGUUCUUUGCAGCACGCUUUAAUAUGCACUUUGAAUGAGAGUCAGUGAUCAACUAUGUUAAAGGUACCAGUGUAUCUCAUGCAUACAGAAUAUCCCCUAGUUAACAUUUUGCAGCUGUGUUAUAAUUUUGCUUGCAGGCUUAACCAGACAGAAACACUCAUUUCUCCAGUACUGGGUACGCUGGCUAAUCUGUGUCGUAAUAAUGUACUUGUACAAAGUGCCAUUAAAAAUAUGGUAAGUAGACUUAAGAUAUUGAAUCACUUGAACUGUGGUUGUUGAUAAGUUUGAUACUUCAUGCUAUGUUAAAAUGUCUGUGUAAAACGUGAUGGAGAUAAUUGAUCAACAUUUGACAUUGCUACCUCAUCUGGAAUAAUGGGUGGUGAAUGCUGAAUGAUAUUUUUUUGCCUUUUCUUAUGCCUACAUAAGAGUCAGGUGGAGAAAGGUUAUUGAAUUAAUAUUAUUUUCUAACUAUUCAUUUUCAGUGUCAGUCUGAGUUCAAAACCUUAUUAAAGACACUAUGUGGGUUCUUUGGAAAUCAGAACAAAACACUGGUGAUUUUUUCAGUGAGUGUUCUUACAAGCCUGUGUUUAAAUGUAAGUAAAAAAAACAUCCAGGACUAGAAUAUUUUAUUAAUAACUAUUUUCUUAAAAGUAAUCACAAAAUAAUCUUUCUCUAGGUAUAAUUGUAUGUAUGUAUGUAAUGCUAUAUUCAAUAGGCGCGCAAAAUAAAAUUGAACACAAGUUAGCACUAAUUGGGAUUCUUAUAAAGUAUGUUACUUGAGUGCAUGUCUUAUCAGGUAAUAUUAGUAGAUUGGAAGUUCUCACAUGACUGCCACCAUUGUAUGGCGGGUUAUUUCUAGUUUACUACUAAAUUAGAAUGUCACCAUUUUGAAGGAAUGUGAUUAAAAUAAAUUUAAUUAAGGAAUGUUGUUUGUAUCACCAGACGUUACAAUGUGGCAAUAAUUUUGAUUAUUUUUAAGGUCUUUUUUGAAAGCAACAAUGUAGAACAAACACUGCAAACCAUCUUUGGAAUCAUCAAAAACAGUUUCAAAACUGUGGCUUGGAAGUAUGCAGCAGACCUUUUAACUGACUUGCUCAGAUACCCCCAGAUGCAGUUGUACAUAACAAAGUAUGUUCACCACUGUUUUUCUUUGAGUUUGUUUUUUAUAAAGUGAUUAAUCUUGUAAUAGCAAAAAUUUAUAGAAUGCAUCACAUCUAUUUAAAAUUUUGUUUAGCUAUAUCUCUAUAGCUCCUAACACAUCAAUGUUUCCUUUUACCCUCAAUGGCAUUAUGAGCUUGAUUUUGGAAAAAAAAACUGGCUGGACUUAUGUUUCUUUAAAAUUUGUUGUAUUUGCCAAAAUAUUAUAAUUGCAUUAUUAGUUAUGUUUACCACAAUAUUAUAAUUCCAUUAUUUGAUCUAUUUGCCAAUUUAUUAUGAUUGCAGAUAUCGCCAUCUGAACAAAUGCAUCAAUGAAAUUUUGAAUUUAUUACCCACUGGGUCUGAGGAAUCAGCUGCAGAGGUAAAUAAUUUAUGUUAAAUUAAUUUAUUUCCCUAGUCCUACUCUGUUGAAGUUAAAGUGUAACACAUUUUUUAUUAACUUUAGCUUAACCUACGUCAAGUGGUAAAAAAUAAAGUGAUGAUCUCAAAUGUGUAAGGGCAAAUAAUUUUCAUAUUUAAAAUUUUUCUAGCUUGAUGUGAGAAUUGAUGUUUAAACUAAGGCUUGUCUCUUUUUGGUGAAGCAAUUUAUUUUCUGUUUCUUUGAUUCUUCAUUAUCAUUCAUGGCAUUUUCCUCAGAUAUUUGAACUGCUUCUCAGCCUUUGUUCAGUUCCCUCCAUUCGACAAAGUGUCAACUCCAGACUUUUCAGUCCUCUAUCCCAAAAUGAAUUUACCUCUACGCUAAUGAUUUCUGCUACCAAACAACCUUUGACCCCAGACACAGAUGCCUUAUUGUGUUGUCUACACUGGGCCGCCCAAGACACAAAGCCCAGGAACCGUGCACCGUGUCUUGCCUUAGAUUUUCUCAUUGAUUCCUGUCAGGUAUGUUUAUGUCUAGCCCAGUGCCUUAAAAAGCUGACCAACUCUUGCCUACUGCCCCUCUUAUUGUACAGUGCUUGACCCAAGAGCAGAUUCGCAUUUUAAAAUUCAUAAGUGAAAACCAAAUGCAAAUAGUGGUGCUUCAAUGUCAUGGCGUUCUCAUUCAGCUUAUCAGCCUCUUUUUUGAUGUCCCACUUAUAAACCUGUUUCUAAAGCCCCUUACCAAGAGUCCACUGUCCCAUUAACUCACAUCCCUUAUCUGGCCUACAAUAAAAACACUAACCUCCAUUCAUGGAUUGCCUUUCUGUUCACUUAAAUUUUUGUCUGUCCAGGGAAUGGGAAUUACAUAUUACACAAAUCACUUGUGUCUCAUCAAAAAAAUGAAUUAAAAUCAUGAAUUGUCUUCAAUAACAUUUUUUUUGUGUACAAAUAUGAGUAUUAAGCACUCUUGACCAUUGCCAUGAAUCAGGGCCAGCGCUAGACAUUUUUAAGCUGGGUGAAAAUAGGCAAUAGUCACCCUCUGGAAAAUUAUGGGAAGAGUUCAGAAAUUUUGUGUUGUUUUGAUUUAAAAAAUUUUUUAAUUCAAAUUGGCUCUGUGUGAUGAUCACGCAUCGUACCGGCCUUGAGCCGUCCCUGCCUUGAAUGUAGCCAACCUUUUCAUGAUUAAUCUUUCUAAAUUUUCUCAAUUUAAUUUUGAAGUAUAUUUGUGGUUGUGUGCAGUUCAUUAAAUAAAAAAGAAACAACUGAUUUCAGGAGUGUUUGUUUGGGACUGACAGCUUUUAUCCAAUUCACCAAUUGGCACCUGUGCUAACAAACUUACUCUCUCGAGAAGAUCAGACUGACGCCAUUGAAAAAACUCUCCGCCUGGUCAGACUUCUUAAUGGUGAGUUUUAUGUUUUCAUUAAAUUAUAAGUUUUUGGAUAAGGGGUAACAAAGCUUUUUCUUAUAGGAAUAAGUCUUAUGAAAUUAAUGUACAUAAAUCUUUUUUAUUUAACAUUCACUUGGCUGUUGCUGUUUUAAAUUAAUGUCACAAUGUGCUUUUAUUGAAUAAUAAAAUUUAUUUACCCAUUUAAAAUGGCACUACUAGAUGCGUUUGUUUUAAAAAUAUAACACAAUAUUUUAGAAUUAAUAAAUAAAAACACUUACAGUGGUUUCUUUGCAAUAUGUUGUCACAAAUGUAUUAAAUUAAUUUUUUUUGGGUGCAUCAGUCCUGUGUUCCAACAAAGAAAGUCGAGAAGCCCUGGGAAGCCUUCUUGCAAUAGAAACAAUAUCAAAUGUGCUGGAAAAGAGUGUUUCACAAAAAUAUAGCUCUGCUUGUGUAGAUACAUCCACUAAUGAAGGUCUGUCUUCAAAGUAAGUGAUGCAUGGUUAACAUAUACUUAAUGUUUAGGUUUAUGAUGAAAAUCUAUUAAAACAAUAAAUUAAGUAACAGACUAGUUACUUCAGUUUUAAUUGAAAAACUUGAAGUUUACCCAUAUUGUUUAACUUAAAUGGAUACAAUAGGAUUCAUCAGUGUCACAUUGUGCUGUUGUAACAACUUAAUUAUUCAUAUAGCACUUAUGGCAAUCAAGUGAUUAAGCUCUAACAUAACAAGAACUGUUAUAAACAAUAUCUAUCAUUUUUAGAGAAGAAAGUGCCAUACUUAUCCUAGACUUAGCAUGGAGACUCCAUAAAUUUAUGGAAGGACUCACAGAAUAUUUGCUCACAACUUUGAAGGUUUGUUGUUUUUUUUGUGUGGUUUUUUUAAAUACCCGGUAAUAAUAUUAUAUUAGCCUUUAUCCUAUGUAAUGAGUAGUGAUAUUUUAAAUUGAUUACAAUAAAUAUGAAUGGCAAGUAAGUUUUUUAUUCUUAAGUAAAAGCCUAUGUGUUCAAUAAUUCCAGUAUAGAUACAUUUGCAAUGCUAUUUCUUUCCACUGAAAAUUUCAUGGUGUUUGGGGUGAUCUCACAAUAUAUUGAUAAGAACCUUUCUUACAACUUAUAAAACUUAUCCUUUCAAACCCUCAGUCACCAGUUAUAGUAGAUCUACUGGCCAAAUGUCACUCUUCAAUUAACCAAGAUCAUGUGGAGAUGGCUCUACGACUGAUGGCUUAUACCAUGGGUGUGCAAGACGCCAGGCCUGAUGUCAUGUAAGUUAAACUUAAGAGACAGUGAUUUAUAAACUUCCCCAAUUGAGACUCCAGUAAGCCAAAAUCCAUCAUGUUGGGUAAUAUAUAGAUAAGAGAACAGUGAAUUGCUAAAUUUUUUGACUGCAAGUUGAGUAUUUUUUAACAUUGAAAUUGUAAUAAUAUUGAAGCUGCCCUGUGCUGGACUACUCUUAAUUUUCUGACAUAUUAAUGUAAGUAAUUGACUAAAGAAAUAUUGUAAUUUUCAAUUGGCUGUACCAUCUACUCUGAGAUGAUAUUUUUUUAGAAAUUUAUAUAAAUAAAUGAUUCAUUUUCUAAUUUAAUAAGCCUAUAUCAUUUUCACAAAGAUAUAUUUGUGAGUUUUCAGAACAUGAACACAUCAUUCAUAAUUGAAACUGACAGUAUGAAUAUUUUUAUCUCUUAUUUUUAAGAGUGACCAUUUCUGCUCAGCUAAAACUAAAAAAAAACAACUAUUUCUUCCUUGUUCUGCAACAUUCAGAUAUCUGGAACAAUAACACCAAAUUACGAUGUGGUUGUUUUAAUUUUAUUUCACCCUACAGUUUUUAAUCACAGUAGGAAUGGUUGUGAUAGAAUUGUCUAGGACAGGGGUGUGCAAAUUUUUUGUGUGGAGGGCCACAUUGACAAAUGUAAAGGUAUUAGGGGGGCCGCAUGUAUAUUAUGUCCAAUUUUUACAUAUGGAUAAACAUUUCUCUAUAUUAAAAUAGGUGAAUUGGCAUUGUAGCAUUACAUGAUAAAAGUCAAGAACUGUUAAAAAAAUUGAAAAUUAGAGAGAAAGUUGAUCAAAAAUGUUCAAACAAUCAAAAUGGACCGAAAAUUCUGUAAAAUUCAACAAAUUAACUUAAAAACAAAGAAUUUUUUUUAUUUCUAAAUGCCUGAGAGGGCAGCAUAAUAUCAGUAGUUGUUUGCCUACCCCUGGUCUAGGCAUUUUCUGAAAAUGACCCAAUCAGGAAAAAUUUAGUCUGUCAUAUUGCCUUUGCAGCCUUUACCUCAUUGCAUGUUGUUGGAUUUUUAUAAGGAACAGAAAAUUUCAGCUUGACAAAGAGCUCACAUUUACGUUUAUCAUCAGCCUCUGUGGAUCAAUUGCCUGCCUAAAUAAACAAUCAUUAAAACGACGAAGAAUCGACUCAGACCUGCCACACAAGCCUGAAAGUUGGACAGACAGAGUGUUGGAAAACAAAGAAAACCAGAACAAUGGCCUCAAGGCAAACACAUCAGAAAACUACAUAGACCUAAGAAGCAAAGGAGAUUCUGGUUCGGAUAAAGAUGAGACUACCCUCGCUAAUUUUAUAGAACGCAUGGAAAGUAUUAUAGAGGUAAAGUUUUAUAGAGCACAUUGAAAGUAUUGAACAGUGUGUGUUGUGAUUUAAUUAGCCUCAUUUUGUGGAAAUGUUUAAAACAAUUUAGUUUAAAAAAAGAAAUAAUAAUAACAAGGCAAAUACAAAUAAUUUUAUCAUCUAUCUUCUAAGCGAGAACAUUAAACACUUGCAUGGAUUUAUUUAUUUAGUUUACACAUGUAGUAAAUUAACUUUGGUUUUGAAAUAAUUUUCAUGUAGAUGCAAGAUUCACAAGAUAAUGUUAUAAUAGUGUGCCGCCACAAUACUGUUUUGUCUAUUGAGUACUGCACUCAAUUCAGCUUAUUUCAGUUUGCUCUAAACACAACUUUAAAUUCAAGUAACAAAUUAAUUUUUUUUUCUUCUUUUCCUUAAAAGCCAAAAGAUACAAAAACAACUGAAAUUAUUGAAGUAUUUGAGCACCGCAUCAAAGCAUUGCAGGUGAGUUUUUAUUUUUUUCAACCUGUAUUUUAAAAUCUUGAGACCAUUCAUCGGUUGUUUCAAGGUGUCAACUCAUUGGGUGUUCUCAGUGAAAAAAAAAUAAAAUUACAAUAUACAAAAAAUAAGCAUUUCUCAUGCAUACAUGCCAGUGUUACAUUUUACUUGUACUUUGUAGACUUUUAAAAAGUUUUUUGAUUUUUAUGAAGUACGAUCAUACAGGAUUUUUUACAGUUUUUCAAUGUAUUUUGAAAAGAAAUAGUUUUGCACAUGACACUAGUUCAUAACUGACAGUGCAAUAAAUUCAAAAUCUGUCAACAUGAAGUUUAAAUCCUAUCUGUCUGUUCAAAAUGACCUCUGGCCCAAAGUCUGGGAUUGACAAUAUUAAUACUUCAGUAUUUACCGGUAGUAACUACUUUGAUAAGUAAAACAUAGUUACAAAUCUGUUUGUGUAAUUCCUAAUAUAACUUCCAAUUAACACUUAACAUCCAAAUAGUGCAUAGAGUAACAAAAAUACCUCCAUCCAAACCAUAUGACAUUUUCCCCAGUACGAUGAAAAAUAAUGUUAUAAAUUGAUGGUAAACUCGUUAUGUUUGUCAAUGCUGGAAAAAUUUAUAUCCUUUUAUCAAUUUAAAUAACAGGAAUCUGUAUUUCUGAUGAAAAACAAGCUUUUUUAUUUAAACGAUGUGAUCCAUCCAUUUAUUAUUGAUGUAAACAUGCUAAAAUGUGUGCAGUGAAGGGAAGAUAAUAAUGAAUUUUUCUUGUUAUAAUUUAUCGCUGUUCGACCUUUAUUAAGCCAAAAAACGGUUAAAAUCAGUCAAUUAAGUGUUCAAGAGGUGAACCUAUUUAUAAACUAAUUAACAAUAUACAAAAAGAAACUUGGAAUUAUUCACACAGCUGGGGAAGUUUCUUAAGUUAGUGGCUGGUGGAAUAUCCUGAAAUUAUUGAUGCCUAAUGGCCACUUCAAUGAAUAUUGUAAAUUAUAGUGAGAGAUGAUUCUCAAUCACUACUAUCACUAAAUGUUUUUAAAAAUUAAAAAAGAUUGCAGAAAUUGACUUAAUGGUGAAAGGAUCACAUCUGUUUAGGGCAAAGUACGAUGACACAUUUCAAUUUUGUUUUACAGAAAUUAUCAAGCAGGCAAAGUUUGAAUGCUUUCAAAACAUUGAUAAUCAAAAGAUGAAAUAUUAUAAUACUUUUUCUUUUUUUUUAAUUUUCAUUUAUUUCUGUAAAGUAUUUCAUGCAUUUGUAAAGUUUAAAAAAAACUCUUUUUGUACAGUUUUUGAUCUUACAGGUUGUCAUAGUUCAUAUGUAAACUUUUCAAGUUAUCUUUAAUUAUCAAAUCAAAAACAAAAUUUUACUAGUUUAAAAAAAAUAUAUUCUUAGAACAAAAAAGAAAAUAAGUUGUGCAGAAAUCAAUGUUCGUGUAUUUUUAAAAAUGAUCUAGAACUAAAUAAUGUAGCAGUCAGAGAUGAAUGUUUUAAGGCAAGUCCGGCUUUUUACAUCACUAAAGCUAUUGUAUUAAUGUAACAAAUUUUUUAAAUCCCGUAAACUGGUUUAGUAUUUAUUACCUUCAUGGUUUUCUGGAAUUUCUUUUUUUUCUUUUUUUUGUGUAGAUCAAAGAAGAGCACAUGAAUAAUCUGUUAGAGGCAAAAAGUCUUUCAAUUACUCAGGCUGACAGACUUAUCGCACAAUUGAGGGCUGAAAAAGCUUCACAUUUCACAGAGGUAAGCUUCUCUCAAUGAGUAAAUUCCCUCCCAUUUCUUACAUGUCUUCAUUAAAAUCAAUGUCUCAGUUUCCUGUCUCCAAAUAUUUGAUUAAUUUGACUGUUUGUAUUAAUUAUUUGGUCUGACAUUUACACAUGGUAUGCAUAAAUCUUUAGCUGAAAAUUUACUCUUCUAAUAUUUUCAAAAUUAUUAUUUAAUCUUUAUCAUCAUAAACUAUCAGUUAUCACACAUCUAUAUUUUUUGUUCAGUCCAAAAUUUAUAUUUAUAAAAGCUCCAACAUCCAAUUGAGAACAAUUUUGUAGAUCUUUUUAUUUUUAAAUUUCAGGCAAAAAAGCUCCAGAACAUCCUAAAAGAUUGUGAACGUAAAUCUGAGCAAAUGAUGUCACAAAUGAAUGAGAUGAGGAUUUGUGGUGAAAAGGAUAAAAUGCACUUUGAAAAAUUGUGAGUACAUUUUGAUUAUAUCUGAUGAGGGUUGGUUGAAAGGUUGGUUAAAUUUGCCACCGCUGCCCCUUCUGGAAUGCAUGAUAAAUAAAAGAUAUUGUUAUUUGAAAUGUUUUUCAGGAUCAAGGAUGCAAAAGAAGAAAUUGAAACUGUAAAGAGGGAGAGAGAUGAAAAUGCUGAAAAGUAUGUUAUUCAAUAUGAGUUAUAUUUGUAUACGAUGUAACUUAAGUGAACGAAAUAUAUUCAUUUUACUUACCUAAUAGAUAAUAUCAACUUUGCUCAUAAAAUAAUGUUCAUUGUUCAACCUUGGUUGCACAUAGAAGAUCUAGGUGCACAUUGAAGAAGUGUGAUUUGUUUUAUUAGUUACUGAAUAUUAGUUCAAAUUUAGGCAUUUGAAUCACCCUGACAUUCACUGAACAUCUGGAUCACAGAUACACUUGAAUUUCCCCUUGUCUUAUCAGGUGUAUGGAGCUAGAGGAGCAAGUUGCAGCAUCUUCCCAGGAGAACAGAACUUUGGCCAGCAUGAUGGAAAAACUUCAGGAUGCUCACGAGACUCUCAAGGAACAAUACAAUGUGUAAGUUGGAGGUUUUGUUACUUUGUUACAUGCAUCCUAAACAUAAUUUGGUCCUGGGCUAAUAAUGAUGUAUCAGCUUGAGCUUUAUGAGUUAGCUAACACCAUAAUAUCAGCUUGGCCUUUAUGAGAUAGCUAACAUAAAAAUAUUAGCUUGGUCUUUAUGAGUUAGCUAACAAUAAUGUAUCAGCUUGGCCUUCAUGAGUUAACUAACACAAAAAUAUUAGCUAAGCCUUUAUGAGUUGGCUAAAAAUAAAUUAUCAGUUUGGCCUCUUAUAAAAAAAAAUAUCUUCACUGAUUAAUAAUUAUAUUUACUAUUUAGUUUUCAAAUUAUACAAAAAAUUUUCUCUUUUUUUUUUCUGGACACAUUUUUUAUUUUUAAAAAUAAAUUAUUUUUUAAAUGUUGUUUUUGUAGUAAGCCAGAUACAUCAUAUAAAUAUUUCUAAUCUACGUUGGUCAACAAAUGUAUUAUGUACAUAUUUCUUAUAUACGUUAGUCAACAAAUGUAUUAUUUACAUAUUUCUUAUCUACUUUAGUCAAAAAAUGUAUUAUAAACAUAUUUCUUAUUUACGUUGGUUAACAAAAUAUUUCUUAUCUACGUUAGUCAACAAAUGUAUUAUAUACAUAUUUCUUAUCUACGUUGGUCAAUGCAUAAUUGUUCCUAUUCAUUUAGCUCCUGUAAUCAAAGUAAGCAGUUGGAGGAAGAGAGAAAGAACUUAUCCAAGCAGCUUAAAGAAAAAGAUACUUCUCUACAAAGUAAGAAGAACCUCAGCAUUACAAUUUUUAAAUACAUUGAUGGCUUGAUUUUUACAAAAAAUGUUUUUGAGUUUUUAAAAGUUUAUUGUUUUUAUAAAACAAAAUCAGUGUAAUGGAUAAAUCAAAAUUUAUUCAUUAUCUACAUUUAACAUAUAUUAAUUAAUUUUUAAAUACACUUUCAUGAUUAGCCCAGUUUUUUUUUUGGAAAGAUUUUCACUUUUAAGUGACCAGAUUUUUUUGUUUUCUUACUUUCUUACUACAGUAAUAUUUACUGGCAAAUAUUUUUAAGAUUGCUCUAGAUGAGGGGAGUAAUGAUCCAAAUAAUCAUAUUUUCAUCCAGAACUGAGCUCAAGUUUGCAAGCAUUGCAAAAUAAGUACAAUGAUACUGAGAAAGCCCGUGCUGAGCUAGAGAAAGAGAAAGAAGACAUUGAAGCCUAUGUUGACAAACUGCGAAACCAGCUGAGCAGCAGUGAAAACUCAUGUAGACAGCUCCAGCAGAGGGUAAGUUAUUUUGUAGCUGAAGAUAUUCAUCCAUUUUAUUGGCAAAAAGUGUUUGGUAUCACUGUAUCCAGGAUCAGGCUGAAAGUACCAAAACUUUUGUUGGGCUAAUCAAUUGGCUAUAUUAUUGGCAAUCAUUUAUCUAUGUUGCUUGCAGUUUUAAUCUACUGUAUGAUUUUAAUUGUCUUAACAUCGACUUGGCCUUUUUUAAAAAAUUGUUAUCAAAAGCUAUUGUAGAUACUUUACACGCACAAAAAAAGACCAAACAAAUCAUAGAUACGUUUACCCACUCAAAAUUUUGUUUAAAGAUAAUCAAAAAACAAAACAUGAGUCCAUAUUUUUUGUUACAGGCUGUAACACUGGAAGACAUCAACCGUGACCAAGAAUCACAGCUAAAAAUGAAAACAGAUAAAAUUGGAGAGCUGGAAGCAGAGUUAGAAAAGCACAACCAGAUAGUCUCAUUUAUCAGUAAUCUCCAACUGAAGAAUGCCGGUGGGAAGAAGUGAUUAAGGAAAGACAAAACUACAGAUAAAAUUUUGUAAAUGAUAUAAAUGGAUUUAUCUUUCAUCAAACAAUGCUGCGCAAGUGGUUUACCUACUAACUUGUCCAAGUGGGUCAUGAAGAGUUUGUCAAUGACCUAUUUUAAUUUUUUUAUUAUGAGGCUUAUACCUAAUGGGAUUGAAUUCUGAUGUGCUUGGGUCAUAUAAGUGUGUUAAAAUAUAAGUGUUAUAAUAAGUGUUAAAAUAUAAGUUUUGUAAUAUACAAUGGGAGAAUGCUCAACUAUCAGAAUUAGUAGUUAUGAGACAAAAUGUAUCUUUUUUUUAAAAAAAUAAUAAUUGAAUUGGUUUUUUUCCACUCCAUGAAACAUGGUCAAAAGAAUAAUUUCUUACUUUUCCAAGAUGUGCCUUGAUUUUGCUUUGUUGUCUUUAGCAAACAGUUGCUCUUAUAUUAGAGCAGAAUGUAAUUUUUGAGAGCUGUAGCUCCAAAAAAAAAAAAUGUGCUGUCAUAGUAGAGAUCAAGCUGUGGUGUUAAGUUUUAACCAUCAAUGUUUAACUUCUCAAAAGCCUUGCCAUUCAUUGUGAAACCUUUUGAAGGGACCACAUUUAAACCCAGGUUGACAUUGAACUUAACUUAAAGCAAGGAUGGUUCUUGAUAUAUUUUUUGUUUCAAGCAGCUUUGCAUGGACCAAUUCAUUGAUGUCAAGGGACACUCAUGUUAUGAUUUAAAAGGAGGAACAAUAUUUUGCUGUUUUUACUCAAUGUUAUGCGUGACCUGAAUGAAAUGUAUUUAAUUAAAUGUUAAGAGACGAUGCUUUUAAUGUUAACACUUAAGCCCUGUGUUUAAAAUGUAAAAAGAGGACAUUUUGGAUAUUUCUUAUUCAGGACUGAAAUGGUUUUUAUCUCUAAAACUAUUUUAUAAUAAAAAAAAACAUUUCAUCCCAUUUGUUUAUCUGUCUUGCCCAUAGAGUAAUGCUUUACAAUUUACAGUAAGUGUAAACAUCUGAUCUGACGAGUUCUUGUCAAGACUUGUUGGACAUCAAGAGGGGAUUUAACAUUUAAGAAUGGCUUACACUUACUGGGUCAAUGUGCUAUUGAAGCAUCCUUGUAAUUUUGAUAAUAGAAUUCACCAUAUAAUAUCCACAAAGUGAUCCCC